AUGUCGCAAACCCCGCCAAAAUCCACAAUCGUCGUCAUAGGAGCUGGAAUUAUCGGCCUCACAAGCGCCCUAAAGAUCCAACAACUUCUUUCAGAACGCGACUCAAGCUGCACUACGGAUGUUCUUCUGGUCGCGCGAGAAUGGCCCACCUCGAUUCCCGGAGCUCCGAUCCAGCACUCCGCCGACUACGCCUCCAUGUGGGCGGGCGCGCAUGUGCGACCCAUCCCAGGAUCGACUCCCCAAUUGCGCCGCGAGGCAAAAUGGCUCAAACAAACCAUGGUCGAGUUCGAGCGCCAUCUCGAGAGCGACCCGUCGGCCGGGAUUAGUCAGGUUGCGGGAGUCGAAUACCUCGGGACGUCGCCUCCAGAAUACGAGGAACAGGAUGCCGAGACGUUUACUAGGGAAUCUGGAUUGCUCGGCUACCGAAAGUAUCCGGCUAGUGAGCUACCAGAAGGGAUUCGCUUCGGAUUUGAGUACCAGACGUACUGCAUCAACUCACCCUUGUACUGCGGCAAUCUCUUGCGUAAAUUCAUCCUCCACGGGGGACGGACCCUGCAACGCGACAUCAAGAGUCCAUGGGAGCCAUACAGCUGGGGUUCACACAUAAAAGCUGUCAUCAAUGCGAGUGGUGUGGGAUUCGGAGAUCCCAAGUGUUAUCCCAUUCGAGGUCACAUACUGUUAACAAAUCUCUCAUCGGCAGUCAAAACUAUCACUGCACAGAACUCGGAUGGGUCAUGGAGCUUCGUUAUCCCUCGUGGAUUCAACGGAGGGACGGUCAUUGGGGGUACGAAAGAGAUCAAUGACUGGUCUCUGGAGCCGUCUUUGGACACACGCCGUCGUAUUCUGGAGGCUGCCAAGCGCAUCAUUCCAGAAUCGUGCAACCAACCAGUCGGGGUUGAAUCAGCCGAGUUGGCAAAUAUCCAGGUCAUCGCAGACAUUGUCGGACGUCGUCCUGCCCGAGAUGGAGGCAUGAGGGUCGAGACGGAAACAAGAGAUAGCGCGGUGGGGAGUCAGCACGUCGUACAUGCGUAUGGUGCAGGAGGACGUGGCUACGAGCUUUCAUGGGGUAUUGCGAAUGAGGUGCAGCAACUUGUGCGUGAGGUUUUGUCACCUGUGACUACGAGGUCAAAGUUAUAG